ACAUGGUUUUCUAUUGUUGGUAGGUAGAGGGAGCCAUACUCCACUCUUACUAUGGAGAACCUAAAAGAACUGCAGCUGUUUCCAGUAAAUGGUGAGGAAGUAGAGAGGCUGUUGUCUGCUGAACUCUCAGAGCAGAGGGAGGGGCUGUCAACUCAAUAUAACACCUCUGAAUCAUCUCUGGGUGAGGUCAAACUGAUGGGUUGAUUCUGAACGUGACAUCUUCAUCCUCUCUUCACUGAUCUACCUUUACCUGACCUGCACUGAGGACAGUCCAGACAUGGCUACUAGCUCAGGAAUCAGGAUGAAUAACGAGGAGCUGAGGAUGGUGAUGGUGGGGAAGACCGGCAAUGGGAAGAGCGCCACAGGAAACACCAUCCUGGGUCAGAAGUGUUUUGAGUCAAAGUGUUCUGCAGCCUCUGUGACUGUGGAGUGUUCUAAGGGCAGAGGUACAGUGGAUGGACAGAAGAUCGCUGUUAUCGACACUCCAGGCCUGUUCGACACCAGAUAUGAUGAAGAGAUGAUAGAGAAAGGUAUCAAACAGUGCAUCAUGUAUGCUGCUCCUGGUCCCCAUGUGUUCCUGGUGGUCAUCAGGGUGGGCAGAUUCACUGAAGAAGAGAAGAAGACAGUGGAGAAGAUUCAAGAAGCCUUUGGUCAGGCAGCAGAUAGAUACACCAUGGUUCUCUUUACUGGGGGGGACCAGCUUGAUUCAACCAUCGAAGAGUUCUUGGAUGAAAGUCCAGAUCUGCAGGAGCUCGUGGCCCGAUGUAGCGGCCAGUACCACGUCUUCAACAACAAGAGCAAAGAUCGCUCCCAGGUGACUGAGUUGCUCCAGAAGAUCAGAAAUAUGGUCCAGAAGAACGGAGGGAGUCACUACACCAACGAGAUGUUCCAGGAGGCUGAGAGGAAGAUUGAAGAGGAGAAACAACGGAUCCUGAAAGAGAAAGAAGAAGAAACACGCAGAGAAAAAGAAGAACAUGAGAGGAAAAUAAAGCAAGAAUACGAAGAGAAGAUGAGGAAGUUGAUAGUGCAAAACCAGGCUGACAGAGAGAGGGAGAAGAAAGAGAGAGAGGAGGAGAGGAAGAGGGAGAGAGAGAAGAGAGAGGAGGAGAGGAAGAGAGAGAGGGAGGAGAGAGAGGAGGAGAGGAAGAGAGAGGCGGAGAGAGAGAAGAAGAGAGAGGAGGAGAGGAAGAGGGAGAGGGAGGAGAGAGAGGAGGAGAGGAAGAGG